UCUCAUGUUUGCAGACUUCAGGGCCGAUCAGAGGAGGUAAGGCCUUCAAAGUGUCGGAAUUUGAACAGAAAGUAUGUAUGGUUGAAUACACAACUGAUAAAAGAGCUCGACAGUCACAAGCUUGGUCAAUACAUGGAGUUCUGCUGUUCAUGCAUGGACGAAUUACCAUCUUGGCUUUCUGUUCCUUUUGGCAAAUACACAACUAUCGUUGCAGAGGCAGUCCAUAGAGAGGACGCUUUCAAAACCCUCUUGGAACAAUUACCUGGGUUUUUGUGGGAGGCAUUCCAGUUCAAGCAGAGCCGAGGCUUUGUAUGCAAACAUAAAAGACGAUAUAAGUUUAUCGGUCCAUGGUUCAAAAAAACACACGAGAUGACUUGUUAUAUCAAAAGGAUCAAGAAGAUUGAAGAUAUCACCAACGUUUACGCUCUUGCUGAAUAA